UCGUCAUCACCAGCCGCUCCCACUGCCGCCCUCGCCCCCACAUCCUCUUCAGGCGACGCGGGCGAGCCCUCAAUCUCCUCUCCACACGAGCUGACAGAAUGGGUCGAGUCCCUCCUCGACAACCUCCAGACCCGCUUCGAUCGAAUGGAUAGAGCAGCUGCUGAGCGAUUAGAUGAGAUGGGUAAGAGGCUGGAUAGGCUCGAGGCAGGGGUAGAGGCAAUGAUC